ACUAAGAGAGAGAGAGAGAGAGAGAGAGCAGUACACAAAGGGGCAGGGGAUCAUCAUAGCCAGCAUACCGACUCUGCUACACAGACUCAGACACACACACACACACGUCACCCAGAUACAGUCAGUCACAGUGUAACUCACACCAGGACCAGGCAUUUUUCAGGCUGGGCAGUCACAGUAAGUAAAAGUACCAGCAAGGAAUCAGUGACCAUCCAAACUCCCAGCAGAAGCCAUACAAUAUUACUGAGGGAACGUCUGAGAAGUUGCAAGAGAACUCUUCAGCAUUUUGGAAUUUGGACUGUACCAGAUCCACCAGACGCUGGGAUUUAAAGCCCUCUGUUGAACCAGGCCGGAAACAGCGUUUUAGACAGUCCCAACAGCACCAGAGGAAGGAGGUUAAUCUAGGAUCAGACAGUAUGCUGGCUCAGAUCCUACAGGAGAUGUGGGUGGACCCAGAGGUUCUGGAGGCCCUGAGUGAAGACCAGAAGAGAAUCUUAUUCCUGAAGAUGAGAGAGGAGCAGGUCAGACGCUGGGAAGAGAGGGAGGAGAAGGAUGAGAGAGAGAAGAACCAGGGAACAUGCCAGGUCUAAGAAAGGUCACAGUAAGAGCGUGCGCUGGCUCUUGGGUCGUGAUGGGGAUGUGAGUGUGAGCGUGAUCGGAGAGGUGGAUGAAUUUAGAUCCUCCAAACUCCUCCAGACCCUUCGUACCAACACCAGACUACAGAGUACAGAAAUUAACAACCUAGUGGUUGAUAUCCAUACUGUGUCUCUACUGACAGACAGAGAGAACCACCAAACCAUCUCACAAUCAGCCAUACUGAUGCAACUCAGCGAACACUCAGACGGGUCUAAGGACUCUGAGGAGGACCAGUACACAGGUAGUGCUGAGGUCGACCCAAAGGACACCAGGGAGGACAGCAUCGACAGUGUGUCAGGCUACAGCACAGAUGACCUAAAGGACUGGGGCCUCUGCUACAGACCCCACUGCAGCAACAUCAGCCUCUGUCUCCAACCCCAGCUGUCAGCCAGAGAAAAGGCCUGCCCACAGAGCAGAAGAGUGGUGGUCAGUCAUGAAGAGGAGAGCCCAGCAUUUGGUGGUCGGGUGGCCCAGCUCAGGAGAGCAUUUGCCACGUCCUCUCCCACCUCCAUGCCCCGUGUGGCCACCAAACCCUUUCACCUGUAGCCAGCAGCCAAAUCUUCCCUCGGGUAACACCAGGGUCACCUCCAGUCAACCAACCACACAGAAGAGGUACUGCCCACUUGACGGGCUCAUAUGAAUACCAGGUACAAGUGACCUACGGACAGACACUCACCUGAGGAACGGUGCUGAGAAAUAGGAGCUCCAAACUUAGCCGAGUUAAAGGUGGACAUGCACGGCUGAGUGGGAGGAAUGCUUGGCGCUGGUAUUCUGGUGAAACGGCUCCCUUUAAAGGUGCCUGGAGACUGAAUGGUAGUCAUACAGUUCUAUCUCUCCUUGAAGCUAAAUACACAAGAGGUUUGGACAUGGCUAACACAAGAGCUAUUUCUACAUAUGUACAAGAGGUUUGGACAUGGCUAACACAAGAGCUAUUUCUACAUAUGUACAAGAGGUUUGGACAUGGCUAACACAAGAGCUAUUUCUACAUAUGUACAAGAGGUUUGGACAUGGCUAACACAAGAGCUAUUUCUACAUAUGUACAAGAGGUUUGGACAUGGCUAACACAAGAGCUAUUUCUACAUAUGUACAAGAGGUUUGGACAUGGCUAACACAAGAGCUAUUUCUACAUAUGUACAAGAGGUUUGGACAUGGCUAACACGAGCUAUUUCUACAUAUGUACAAGAGGUUUGGACAUGGCUAACACAAGAGCUAUUUCUACAUAUGUACAAGAGGUUUGGACAUGGCUAACACGAGCUAUUUCUACAUAUGUACAAGAGGUUUGGACAUGGCUAACACAAGAGCUAUUUCUACAUAUGUACAAGAGGUUUGGACAUGGCUAACACGAGCUAUUUCUACAUAUGUACAAGAGGUUUGGACAUGGCUAACACAAGAGCUAUUUCUACAUAUGUACAAGAGGUUUGUAUCUGAUUUGUACAUGGGGUGGAGGAAAAGAUUUAGCUUCACGUUUCUUAUCAUGAAUUAUGUAAAAAAAGAAAAACCCCAGCUGUAAUAAGGGGCGUGGUAUGUUUGGGCUCUAGGUCAAACCAUCCUGUCAUGUUUUUAGUUGCCUGAUCUUUUGCUUUGUUAGUUGUUGUUAUCUAACGGUCUAACCUCGUAGAUUUUCUGGUCAUAUUCUGUUUGGAAUAUCUGCGCUCUAACUACAUUUGUUUGAGGAGGUUAUUUCAAUACUGUGUGUGAAACAUGCUUGUGCAAUACACAAAUGAAUUUGA